AUGCUGACGACAGGCGUUGAAAAGAAAUAUAAAAACCAAGGAGGAAAAGGACGGGUUCCAUGUGAGAAGAAAGUGAAAAAUAUUCCCUUAUGUGAUUUAUUAAAAGCAUGGAUGUGGUAUAUGCACUGGUUUUGUGUUCCUACUAAGGUUAUAGAAUAUGUCAUUAAGGGGGCGAAUGGUGUAAGGACGGACUUCAUGAAGCAAGGUGGGAAGUAUGUAGACUGCAUUUAUGAUGCUGCAUUUAAGAUUCCUACAGACGACGAAAGGUAUAGGGUAGGUGAAGCGGAUGAAGUAUUUGGCACAAGUUGGUUGCAUACUAAGAUAAGAAAAGCAACUAACGAGAAAAAAUGGUGUGAAGACAGUAAAUGGCAAUAUCGGGACCGUGCGCCGGAGGGUUCAAUCAAACCACGAGCGGAGGAAGAGGAGGAGGAAAAAAUUAUCAGUGAUGAUGACAACUCAAAUAACGUGCAGGAAAUUAUGGACCAAAUUGAGGAAGUAUUAGAACAGGAGGAAGGAGGGGGAGGAGGAGGGGUGCCUACAUCAAGUGAAACGGAAGAGACAAAGAAGAAAAUAGAACCACCGCAAGAGGAGACUCAUAAUCAGGAAGAAAAGAAACCACCAAUACCUAUACCAGAGAAACCACAACCAAAAGUACCGGAGGAAUCUGACCAGGCGACUUCAGGUGCUGAUGUCAAAGGGAAAAAGAGUUCGGAGGAACCAGGUUCCCCGAGGGAAGAUACUGUGGACCCACCAGCACAGGAACAGGCCGAGGAUCCUGAUAAGGGUGUUACUAAGCAAGAUCAUCCCGUUGAACCUGUUCCUGCCCCUGCUCCUGCUCCUGCUCCUCCACCUCGAACUUCUGAUCCUGGGGCUGGAGGUAGCAGAGCAAGUGAAGCUGAUUUAAAAGCACCCAAGGCUCUUCCACUUAGUGACAUGAAGGACCACCCCGUCCUUCCUUACCUCCCUCUUACUCCUGCCGUGCUUGGUAUUUCUAUCAUGAGCUACUUACUCUGGAAGUACUUUGGAAUGCUUGGUAAGAGAAGAAAACGUCACCGAAGAGCUCAUCAAGUACGUGGUCCGUCCUUAGAACAGCAGAUUGUUGACCAUGUUGACCAUCUUGGUCCACGUGAAUAUUACAUUGUAAAGCAACGCAGACAACCAAGGUCAACACCUAUAAAAAGGAGAAAAAAACGGGUUCCUGGUCAUCGCCGUGCUGAUCGUCGUGGUGGUGUACGUCGCCGCAUGAUUAUUGAUAUUCAUUUAGAAGUGCUAGACGAAUGUCAAAAGGGGGAACUGCAUUCGACGAAGGAAGACUUUUUUGAAAUUUUGGUUCAAGAAUUCAUGGGAAGUGAAUUCAUAAAAGAACAAAAUGUUCCGGAGGAACAGGUUUCUAGGGUUGAUGUUUCCAAGAUAGAGAUUCCAAGUUUAGAUUCCGGAUUUAGGGAGGAAGACUUUACUCCAGAGGAAAAUAUUCUGAAGGAGCAGGUUCCAAGUUCAGAUUUCGGGAAGAAGUUCCUAAGGAAGAAGUUCCUAAGGAAGAAGUUCCUAAGGAAGAAGUUCCUAAGGAAGAAGUUCCUAAGGAAGAAGUUCCUAAGGAAGAAGUUCCUAAGGAAGAAGUUCCUAAGGAAGAGGUCCAAAGUUCAGAUUCCGGAUUUAGGGAAGGAAGACUUUAUUCUUAGGGAAGAUGUUCCAAGUGCAGAUUCCGGUUUUAGGGUGUAG